AUGGUCGAGAUAGAGGACUCCAUUGCUUCUCGGAUUCCUUUUAUUUUCACAAAAACCCUAGACCCACAGACAACUCCCGCCAACGAUUUGUUUCCCGGGAAUAUUAUCCAUUUUUCCCCGGAACCAAACAGAGUGUUGAUACUGCGCGUGGAAGUGGAAACAGAUGUGGAUCCAGGGCAGCCGAACUCGCAGAAGGAAGGUAAUCUCAAAAGACACAGUACAGACGGCUUAUUUCAAAGCGGAUCGAACCAGAAACCAAUGGCGUUGAUCAAGAAAUUGCGAAAGGGCGUAUGCAAAGCUAUCAGUUUCUGA